UUGCCAGGUCUUUGUGGGACACCCUGUAUAAUAAUGGUAAGCGAGGGGGGUUAGGUCUAUUAUGCAAUUGUAAGUUAACUUAUUCGUCAAGUCUAGUAAUUACUAAAAAAUACUACUGUAUUCAAUCAUUGAUUUACUGGAAAACCGAUCCAAGGUUGAUUUCCUGCAACUAAAAUCGAAUUGCGCUAUUAAAAACUAACAAUCAUCAUGGAAGAUUAGAAGCUAUCACUAUGCAUAGAAGAUCAUCGUUGUACGGGGGUAGGCAAGGUUUAUAGAUUAUAAUAUAGGUUGCCUCACAGUCACGUAAACAUUGAAAUCUCCCCGCAGCACCAUAGUUGCCAUUGACGUCACCCGCCGUACAAGCGGUCGGCGGCGGCGGCGCUCUGUUGCUGUAUAUUCGUACACGGUAUACGCGUAAAUACAGUAACAAAUGUCUCAUGUAAUCCACGUUAAUUAAUAUUAACAUUGUUAAUUAUUAUUUAUAUACUAUUACACUCGUCUAUACUAAAAAACGACAACAUAUAAAUUGUAUAUUUAAUAUUUAUACAUAGGUAAACAUAUAAAACAUAGUAAUCAUAGAGUAAAGGCUUUGGCUACUUCAUCUCUAGUCCAGUGCACUUGCUUUUGUUUUUUCAAUACUAAAUUCAAUUAAUAUAAUCUAUAAACCUUGCGGUGUAGGCGCAUUUUUAUUUUGCAAUAAUCAUUUAUCAUUUUUUAUGCAGUGCAAGCAUACCGCUUGCAUCGAGUGGGAAAAUAAUUGCGUUGGUCACACUGACUGCGUUACCAAUGUUAAUACGGAGUAGGGCGCCCCUCCACCCGACAACGACCCUUCGAGUUCGGGGGGUUGAAACGAUAAACAUAUAUACAGCUGCCACUCGCAAGUGGACCGCCGGUAGAGUUCAACCCCUCGUGUUCCCAUUGGUUCAAAAUCUAAAUGACCCUUCGCCAUUCUUCCUACCCACCUGAACACCUGUACAGAGUGAUCAAUACUUCUGGGCUAUUGUGCACACUUUGCGACGCUUGGUAUUACAGUAGCUGUUGUAUCGCCGAACUGUUCGCGGUGGAAUCUGUUGAAUGUAUAUUUUUAUAUACUAAAUUAACAUUUUAGUGCACCCAGUGUCAAUGUACACAGUGAAAUCCGUCAUUCAUUAUUUGUGAGCCAUUCGCUUACCGGUUUCCACCCGCUGUUCUGCUUGAACGUGUCGCCGAAGGAGUUGUCAAUCGACUAAACUGUUGUUCCUCUAAGUUUGCGCUUUUGCCAUUCGCCGUACGACUAAGAUGUAUUGGACUGUUCAUUUGCACAGUAGUCCACGACGGAUCAAUUAUGCUGCAGUCGUUGUUGGCUCGAGUAUAAUUACAUUCGGUGGCUAUUAUAACGCAAAAGCAGAUGAUGAGGAAGCACUAACUAUAUUCGCAUUGGACACAGUCAAGUUGAAAUGGUGGAAGUUAGACAAAGUUAAUGACGUUAAUGCUCCGUCCCAGAGGUGUGGCUUUUCGACAGUGGCCUAUGACAAAAAAAUAUACUUGUGGGGAGGGAAUAAUGACUUCUUCGUAUGCGGCUCAGUGUUUUGUUAUGAUACGGAAACUUUGAAAUGGUCUAUAUCAAAAGUUCAAGGAUACGUACCUGAACCUAGAAGUGGCCAUUCUGCUUGUAUGAUAGGCCAACGUAUGUACAUUUAUGGAGGACGUUAUGAACGUUACUUUUGUCCGGAAAUGUGCAUGUAUGAUGUCGUCGAAAACACAUGGUAUACAAUUCAGACGGAGAACAAUCCACCGCCGAUUCAAGAUUUCCAUACAGUAACUGCUGUUGGUGAUAGAAUGUACAUAUUCGGAGGUCGUUGUGGUAAAAUUAUAAAAAAUCGAAAAGAUCAUGAAGUCUAUUCUUCAGAUGUGUAUUAUUAUGAUACAACAUUAAAUAUUUGGGUGCGCCCUAUUGUUCACGGACAUAAACCACCCGGGCGACGAAAUCAUUCUGCAUUUUUUCACAACAACUUUUGGUACAUAUAUGGCGGAUUCGAUAAAAACGAAAAGACCUAUUUUGACGACCUUUACCGCUAUAACGUUGUUAGGUCGACAUGGUCGAAGGUAACGCCAAUAGGUACUGCUCCUUGUGCCCGAAAACGACAAAUUUCUUUGGUAGUCGAAGAUAGAGUAUUCAUAUAUGGUGGGAUAAGUCCGCUUCCAGUUACCCGGUUAUUUCCCACGAGAGGACCAAAGAUUUGUAGACGAAAGGGUAAUCGGCUAAAACAUCAUGAUGAUCUUCACGUAUUGGACCUAAAUCCUAGUUUGAAAGAUAUUUGUCUUGUUAAAUUUUGCGAGAGUGUUAAUGACGAGAAAAUGAUUUCUUCGAAAGACCUUUGUAUCCCUAAGACAUUAAGAAGAGAUUUAUAUUUUCAUCAACCAACUGAUAUCUUUAAUGUAACAAUAACGGAUAGUGAAUACGAAGACGAAGAAGAGUAUGAAGUAUUCUUCCAGUAAAGACAAGCUGCAACGAUAAAACAUUUUUUAAUCAGUUCUUAUUUAGUACCAAUUUAGAAAUUUAAGUUUAAGAAAAAAGUUUUUAUAAAAAAAACAUCUGUUAUUAAGCAACUUAUUGACUUUACUUAUUUACUAUUAAACUCCUAAUGGAUUGAUUAUUAUAAUACAUUACUUUCUUGUGGAUCUAUUUGUAGUGGACAAGUAUCAUUAUAUCAUGUGCCAAAAAAAUGUAAAACCGUGAUAUCGUUGUGUUUAUAUCGAGUACUUUUUUUUUUUUUGCGAGUGCAAUAUUGUAUCUAGGGAAGAUGAGGAUUUGUUAAAUAUCAAUAUAGUUAUAAGUACCAAUUUAAAACAACAAAAACCUUACACUGUAGGAAUAGGUACAACAAAUAUGAAGAUUUGAAAAAAACUCGUUUUUUGUGCAAGACUUUAGAUUGUAUAAUAAUAUGCACUUUUUAACUUAUUCAACUUGUUAACUUCUUAUAAAUAAUUAAGUUUUAAUAAUUAUUUGAUUAUUAUUAUACUUAGAUUAAAUACACUUGCAGCCGACACAGCUUAAAAGUAGGUACUAUUAGUCGAGCUGUACAUUUUAGCCUUAUUUAGUCAUACAU